AUGAAGGGAGCUAUUUUCGCCGCCGCCUUGGUCGGCUCUGCCAUGGCCGAUGGUGUUCACCGUCGCCAUGACGCUUUCCACCAGCGUCGUGAGGCUGUUGCCAGCAGCUGGGCCUCUGCCGUCACUUCCACUAUCCCUCUGAACCCCGAGGAGACCUGCGGCUGUGUCACCAAGGUCAUCACCUACUACGGCGAGGCUACCCUGGUCCCCGAGGAGACCAUCGUUCCUCCUUCUUCUACCUCUACCCCUACCCCCACUCCCGAGUCCACCACCACUCUCACCAGCACUGUGCACUCCACCAGCACCAGCACUUUGACCGUGACCGUCUCUGGUUCGUCCCCGGCCACCUCUAGCACCCCCGUUGCUAGCACUCCCGCCGUCGAGCUGCCCACUCCCGGUGUCAGCACCUUCUCCACCACCGGUGUCUACACCAUCCCGGCCACCACCAUUACCGUCCACGACACCACCACUGUCUGCGGUGCUACCUCCACUGAUGUUCCCAGCGGUACCCACACCUACGGUGGUGUUACCACCAUUGUCGAGACUGCCACCACUGUCACCUGCCCCUACGCCACCGUCAAGCCCUCCGGCAGCACCGUGACCAGUGUCAUCGAGACCACCACCUACGUCUGCCCCUCCGCUGGUACCUACACCGUUGUGCCCCCUACCACCACCUCUGUGCCCACCAGCACCGUUCUGGUUUACCCCACCCCUCACACCGUUGUCCCCGGUACCUACACCCAGGACGAGAGCGUUGUGACUGUGACCCGCACUGACUACACCUACAUCUGCCCCGCUCCCACCGAUGCUCUGGCCUCGACCACUGCCCCCGCUGUCCCCACCACUGUUGCCGCCACCACCACUGUCGCUCCCGUUGUCACCACCACCAGCAAGCCCACCACCAGCUCCACCAAGACCUCCGCCGUCAGCAAGCCCACCGGUAUCCCCACCGAUCUCGGUGAGGGCCAGUACGGUAUGACUUACUCUCCCUACACCGCUGGUGGUGAGUGCAAGACCAAGCAGGAGGUCCUCAAGGAUCUCACUGUCAUCAAGGGCAAGGGCUUCAACCUGAUCCGUGUCUACUCCACCGACUGCAGUGGCCUCGAGUUCAUCGGUGACGCCUGCAAGGAGCUCAGCCUCAGCAUCAUUAUGGGUGUCUUCAUCGACGGUUCGGGUACCGCCGGCGCCCAGGAGCAGGUCGACGAGAUCUCCAAGUGGGCCGAGUGGGAUAUGGUCGAGCUGAUUGUCGUCGGUAACGAGGCUAUCCAGUCCGGAGCUUGCGAUGUCUCCACCCUGUCCUCGUUCAUCCAGUCCGCCUCUGAGAGCUUCAAGUCCGCCGGUUACACCGGUCUGAUCACCACCACCGAGCCCAUCAACGUCUGGCAGGAACACGGUGCCGGUGCUCUCUGCGACGCUGUCGACAUUGUCGGUGCCAACAUCCACCCCUUCUUCAACGCCGACGUCACCGCCGAGCAGGCCGGCGAGUUCACCAAGGGUGAGUUCGAGGAGCUCGAGAAGAUCUGUGGUGGAAAGGACGUCCUCAACCUCGAGACUGGCUGGCCCAACGCCGGUUCCUCUAACGGUGCCGCCAUCCCCGGUACCGCUCAGCAGGCCGCUGCCAUCAAGUCCAUCGCCAAGCACGUUGGCUCCAAGUCCAUCUUCUUCUCCUACUCCGAUGACACCUGGAAGAGCCCUGGUGAGUUCAACGUCGAGCAGCACUGGGGUUGCUCUGGUGUCUUCUAA